UCGCAUUUAUUUAACUAUGUGCCCUUCGUGAAGACAUCCCGGAUGUGUGUAAGUGGUAAAUGUAUCUUGUAUGUCAUGAUUGUUUAUAGCAUUGCAGGAUCUACAAUCUAGAUGUGCGGACUUCGACUGAUAUAAACGUAGGCAAAACAGUUGCUCACAAUUGUCCGUGGUUCACCUAUAAACAUAUAAAGCUAUAAGUAAAUACAAUUAUCAUAUACAUACCAUUGUCUGUAGCUAUACAUCCACACCACCGAUCAUGAGGCCAGAUCAACACAAACAGAAACGAUCCAGACAGUACCAGCAACAACAGGAAAAGAAAAAUGGCGUCAAAAGCACACCAACCACGGGCAAGGAUGGAAACAACGCUAAGAAUAAAAGUAAAGGGUCCCGGAACAAGGAAGGGCCAGGGAAAGUGAGCGGAAGCAACGCCGACCGCUAUCAAGAUGAACCAGAGGAUUAUAGUACGUCGUGUAACAUAUCAUACGCGGUUUUUUAUAGCAAGUGGU